GCGCUGCGCAGGCGCUCUGGCUGUUGUGUUGUCUCCUCACAGCCGCUGCUGGCGCUACAGGUGCAGCAGCUGCAGUCGGUACCGAGCUCCCCCCACGUGACCCCCCGCCCGGAUUCGGGCCCAUACCCGCCGCCGCCAUCCUCUCCGCGGAGCCAGAGGGGGGGGAGAUGUCUCAGCCGCGGGUGAGACGGAACGGCUCCCCCCCACCGCCGCCGGUAACCCCCGUCAGCAAGGGCGGAGCACCGGGAGGCCGCCUGCAGCCCAUGAGAGCCACGGUCCCGUUCCAGCUCAAGCAGCACGGCAGCCCCACCCGGAACAACAACAACGGGCAGCGGCACUCCAGCUCCCGGAGCAGCAGCCCCAGCAGGGGGAACGGGAACGGCCUGGAGUCCCCGCCCGCGGUCACCAGCACCCGGGGGAGCCCCACCGUGUCCACCCAGACCGGGGCCUCACCCCCCCGGGGUCACCACCACCACCAUCAUCACCACCACCAUCACUCCCACCAUCACCACCACCAUCACCACCAGCAGCCAGGGUCACCUACCUCCACCUCCCCGGUACCGCCCGGGGACCCCGGUACACCGGCUGCCCUCUGCUCCUCCUCCUCCCCGUCACCGGUGUCCAAUGCCAGCAGGUCGGUCUGGCAGCAGCGGAGCUCCCCGGAGAGCAAGAGCCCGAGCUCCCCCAAAGGUGAUAAGCCGCCACCACCCUCGUCCAGCCCAUCCAGCUUAAUACGCCGCACAUCAUCGCUAGAUACUCUGGCUGCCCCUUAUCUCUCCGGACAAUGGCCUCGGGAACACGGCCAGACCGCUCCAUGCAUGAGGGAUAAGUCCACUCAGACGGAGAAUGCCUGGGCUGAGGAGUACGCCGAGAAGAAGAAAAGCUCCCACAAGCGCUCUGCGUCCUGGGGCAGUAACGAGCAGCUGAAAGAGAUCGCAAAGUUACGUCAGCAGCUCCAGAGAAGUAAGCACAGCAGCAGACACCACCGAGAUAAGGAAAGGCAGUCUCCCUUCCAUGGCAACCACACCGCUAUAAACCAGACCUCUAUGUCCAAGAAUGUUCUGACGCCGCUGACUAUUCCCAUCGGCAAGUCGUCUGGGUCCCGGUUCCGGAACAGCGUGGAGGGUCUGAACCAGGAGAUUGAGAUCAUCAUUAAGGAGACUGGGGAGAAGGAGGAGCAGCUGCUGCAUGGUGACUGGUCAGGCCUUCCUGAUGUCAAUGGGAACAUUACAAUGAGUUUCCUGCAUCUGCUUCCCGAGCCACAAGAUAUCCCAGAUGGGCACCGGGCCCCGCCACCCCUGUCCCUGCGCAGUGUAGAUACGCAGACUCCCGGAGGAAAUGAGCGCGGGAGCAACAACAGCAGCCGCUCCCAGUCCAUCUCUCCCGCCUCCUUCAUCACCAUCUCUAAUGACUGCAGCGAGGAAAGCCCGUGCCCAGCCGACGACACCGUGGCAGAUCUCCGAGACAAAGAGAAUGGAAACCACUCUCCUCUCCCAAAGUAUGCUACAUCUCCAAAGCCAAAUAACAGCUACAUGUUCAAGAGAGAACCACCCGAGGGCUGCGAGAGGGUGAAAGUGUUUGAGGAAAGCUCACCGAAGCCGCUGCUCGAGAUUCCACCUUUCUACUGCCCUGACAAGAACAAAGUGAACUUUAUCCCAAAGAGCGGAUCUGCCUUCUGCCUUGUCAGUAUCCUCAAGCCGCUCCUGCCCAACCAGGAAAUUACCUUCAGAGGCUCCACCCUGACUGUUCCCUCAAGUAUCCCUCAAGCAUUAGUCCAGAAUUUCAGCAUGACCUCCAUAUCCGGCAACAUAGAACAGGAGCGCAACUCUCGUGGUACGAAUACUCUCGCCUCUCCGAUGUCUCUGCUGCACCCUACUGGCCAGAUCGAUGAAGAGGAUGACUGAGCAAGACUGAGCUGGCACUACAGACCUAAUAUGGACGGCAUGCCUUACCAUUCGUGGUACUGAUCUGAUACUGAAAAGGGCUUUCAGCUUCAGCUCAUUCUUAGGACUUUUUUUUAAAUAUAUAUAUAUUAUUUUAAAUGCAACUGCCAUAAUAAAUGGGUAGCUAGUAGGAAUACUGUUCCAGUAUCCCCAAACAUGGGCAAUUUGCUGUUACGAUGACUUGUUGGGCUUUCAUUGAACCAUUGUGGUGCUAGUGUGUCAGGGACGGGCAGCCUGCAGCUGUACCGUUGUCUGUGGGUGAGGUCUCCCAUGACGCAGCGCAGGGCGCCAGCCGUACUUCAGCAGGGGGCAGCUCUGCAACGCUCCAUGUGCUGGAAGGUACUCAUCCUGUGUAGUAGGAGAAAAUUAGAUUAUUGUGACUGUAGUGAAUACAUAAGGACGGAGAGAUGAGCGGUUUUAUUUCUUCUGCAUGUGUAUACCUUUACAAGUGUUCUAAGAAAGUGGGAAACGUGUACGUGGUGUGGUAUAUCCUAUUCAUUUCCGCUGGGCUCCAGCCGUGGGGACCAAAGCUAUGGCAUAAAGUCUACACGCUUCCCAUGAGGAACGUCAGUCUGUAAAUAGGGCGAGAGACAGGAAAGAAAAUCAAGCGCUAGUUUAUCAGCAAGUGUAUCAUUGUGUUACGUGGAUACUACAUGGUCAACGUUCUCAGACACAGAUUCUGUAUCCUAUACGCCGGUCACUAAGAAAUGCUGUUACAAGGUUUACAGGACGCUUUGCGCUACAGAUCAAGGCGUCUGCUUUCUGCUAGGAUCCUGAGGAUGCAAGGAUUCCAGGGCCGGCAAUGUGUGUCCGGGCCGAGCUCCUGGUUGCUGGUCACAGGCUGAUGUGACCGUUAUCCAGAGUAACUGUGCCCGAUGUGUGUGGUGCUUUCUGGCUCAUCAGCUGGACAUGACGCCAUAAUGACUACAUUAUAGAGAUGAGGCCGUGAAACAGGAUUAUUCAUUGUGUGCGCAGAGAAUGAACGACCAGUGUUGUGUGCCGAUCAAUGCACAUCGAGGAUUAAUCGCUAUUACCAGGAUAUUGGUGAAAGUACAAGAUGGCGGCUGAUGGUUACCCACUGCCCUCCCUCUUAUUUCUAGCACCCAGCACAGGGCAAGAUAGUCUGAGGCUACGGGCUAUUCCUGAUACAACGCACGUCUGUUCCUGACCGCAGCGUGUGCUGGGCCUGUCCUGUGAUGCCCGUUUACCCAGAAAUAUGGCGCUGACCGUUCUAGAUGCAGCUUCCUCUGGUCCUGGAGGAGGCUCCGUUGAUGGGGCAUCUAUCGUGAUCACACAAUGCCCAUUUUCAUGGUUUAUUUCUAUAGCAAUAACUCUUGUAGCGUGAGCGACCCGCACACCAGCCUUUAUGUAACGCAUAGUCAGCAUCUUUAUACGCUGUAGCCCAAGCACGGAAUGAAUAGUUGUGUGUAAGUCGCUGUGUUUCCAACAUGGCGACAUGUGAGUAUCGGACUUAAGUUAAUAAAACUUUAUUUGGAAA